CGGCUUUGGGGGUACAGCAUCAUCAUGAUAUGCAAGACUGUUGCGGUGUUGGAUCUGAGGGCAAAGUCGGCGCUCGACUCUGGACUGCUCGCUGAAUAAUGAACUGGGCGUCUGAAACCAUCCGGGGUUAGUGGGCCAACCACGCCCGGAUUGGACCUCUUCAAACCGAACAGUUUCACCUCCCAAGACCGAAACAGCUCACGAGCUAUUUGCAACCUCAAAUCUACUUCCUCUUUCAGUCUUUCGGUGCUCCGGGUUUGCUGCGUCUGGCUAAUUUUAGCCCUAGGAAACGAGCGGAGGCAAUGAGAUCAUGGGCUUCGGAAUGGCAUAGACAGCUCGCUCAUGAAGCGUUGGAAAUACGAUCGGUUGACCAACGUUUUAGCGUCUGCUGUGGGAGCAAUUUGAUUUUGAUUUUGAUUUUGAUUUUGAUUUUGAUUUUGAUGAGGGUCAGAAAGGUGUUUCGGUUUCGAGAGGUCGACGGCGAGCAGCGCAAAACAAACAACCCUUCCCGGAAAACAAUAGCCCUUCGCCGAGUACGACCGGAUCCGAAUCCGAUCCGGCAGUCUCUUCUCUCGGUUAGUCUAGCACGGUCAGCGGCCCUGCUACAGCGCAAGCCAAAACUCCAUACGAUGCAGCCCGGUACUGCGCCUCCAAUGCCUAAGUGUGGAAACGGCUUCUCUAUUUCCGCCAACAUGUCUUCCUGGUCUCUCCUCGGCCAGACCAUGGGCUACCUCGGAAGCUCAGUUGACUUGGCACUCCUCAUAGGUCGGUUGCGCUGGUCAAACUUCUCUCCGGUUUUCUUGAUCUCAACUCAACACCCCAAACAUCAAUCCGCCGCUCCGUGGCCGCGAUUUAGUUUCUCCGGCAUCCGCCGUGUUUCCCGUUCAAGGUCCUCCCCAGGCUCAGCAUCUGGAGACGAUCUUCCCGUUCCACACACCCUAGCAGCGAUCAGCCUACUGGUGCUAUCACGGCGAUGGUUCGACCGAGUCUGUCUCAACCACCCCUUUGGAGCUUGACCUUCCGGUCUCAUGGUCGCUGCCCUUUUGCUCCCUCCAGGCCCGGAAACCCACCGCAGCAUGACCAACAGGGGCAGUUUGAGCGCCACCCUGGGCGGACAGACCGGAAGGCACGGCGAAGGAAGCUUGACAAAAACCAAGCUUUGCCAAAGGUCGCGGCGCCCAGGAAUCUAUAUAAGCCCUGGUGA